AUGAAACAGGCAUACAUCCGAAAAGGAAAUGCAACAGGGAAUGUGGUUCUGCUGCAAACCAAGGCACAAUGGAUGGAGGAUGGGAAUAUGUGGAUUCAAUAUAUAUCUACCAUUCCAGCUACACGAACAGAUGUGAUAAAUUUGCAGGAUCAAUUAGAUCAGAAACUACAACAAAGACAGGCCCGGAUGACAGGAAUUUGCCCUGUUCGUCGGGAAUUAUAUGGACAAUGUCUUGAUGAACUUAUUAGACAGAUCACCAUCAACUGUCCAGAACGUGGCCUGUUGCUUCUUCGAAUUCGUAAUGAACUUCUCAUGACUCUUGAAACUCAUGAGACAUUGUAUGAAAGUAGUGUUGCAUUUGGUUUGAGGAAGGCUCUGCAAGGAGAUCUAGAAAAGAUUCACCUCCGAAACCGUAUACAUGUACUAGAAAGAGAAAAAAGUGAACUUCAAAAUGAACUUAGUAAAAUUGAAGCUAAAUAUGAGGCAGCUGAGAAACGAGCAGCUGAGAGGAAAAUGUUGGAUGACAAGAGGCAUUCAGAAGAAGCAUUAGUCUUUAGAAAGACUAAUCAACAAUUGAAGCUACAACUUGAAGGCAUCAUUACUUACAGAAGAUGA